AUGAUCCAACAUAUUUUGAUCGCAUUAAUUCUACCGUGCAUAUUUAUACAUGCAGCUACUGCAGCCAUAUUCGUCAAAAGCUUCGCCAAACCCUACGUUUUGAAGAAAACGUGGGUGGAAAACUUUGUGAAGUUCCAAUACAUUUUUGAAGGGAAAAAUGCCACUGCAAAGAUUGACGAUGGUGAGGUAUUGAAAGUCGGUGGCACCUUUGCCGAUAAGGACUUUGAAUUUGCUUGUCAGCAGAGCGAGGAUGGAGUCUUGAGCUAUGAAGCUGUUGCUUGCGUUGAUGCACAUGGACAACGAAUGCAACUUGGAGAAAUGCGAAAAUUGGCGAACGGUACCGUAAUCCUACAUUGCAACCUUUAUGGUGGAGCAUUGAAAAAAGUUGUGGAACGAGCUGCUGGUUGCUAUUACAAUGAGACCAUCUAUGGAGAGGACGAGAAAUGGAUUGAGCCAUUGAUAAAUGAGAACCCGACAAGGAGAUAUAAAAAAGUGAAGCCAAUCAAGGCGAAAUUGUCUGGAAAUACUUCCGAGCUAACAGGUCGACUGAUGGAAUGCUUCCGUCCUCACUACAGUUACUAUGAAAGCCAUUUGAUCGGUAAGUGUCUUGUAAAUUUUCUGGAGACUCGGGCUUUACAUAGCGUAACAUGAGA